AUGAAGUUGGUAGUAUCAAUCUGGAGAGGCACCUAAAGAACUCUUAAGAAUAGUCAUGAAAUAUAGAUUAAUCCUUCUUCUAUUCUAUUCCAAGAAAAACCAGAAUGGGUUAUAUAUUAUAAAUUAGUGUUAGCUACAAAAGAAUAUAUGAGAAAUGCACUUGAAUGA